UAGAUAUAUCAAAACCCCCUUUCCCAUUCUAUCUACAACAAACCAAGAACUUCACCCACCACAUAAUAAUCUAAACGCUUCAUAGAGACGAAAAGUUCUUUGCUACCGAAUCUCUCCAAACUUUUCCGUUUUCUCUUUCGAUUUUCUCAUCUCAGUAAAUGAGUUAUCCACGUUCCCGACCUUUCUCCCUGUUUGGAAAUCCUUUCCGGAUGAAGUCGCAUAAAGGUUCUCUCACAUCUCCUAAGUUACAUGAAGUACUACAAGGUUUUGAGGCAACAUUAGCCGAGAGGCUAAGGAAACUUAUGCCCAAAAGCAAGGAUGAAAUCCUCAGCUUGUCUUGGAUGACUUCGGCUAUGAAUUCACUUUGUGAAUCCCAUAAUGACAUACGUACCCUUAUAAUAGAACUUGACCUGCCUGUGAGUGUUUGGGAUGACAAAUGGGUUGAUGUCUACUUUGACAUAAGUACAAAGUUACUAGACAUUUGCAACGCAUUUAGUUCCGAGCUUUCACGUCUGAAUCAAGGCAAUCUCCCGCUUAAGUGUGCCCUGCACAUUUUAGAACCAGCCUCAGCAAAGUCGUUUCCUCGGGCAUGUUCUUUGCUCGAUGAUUGGAGGAAUCACAUUAAUGCUAAGAACCCUAGAAUUCAGAAAUGUAGCACCAUUUUAGAUGGUCUUGUGGGAUCACUUGAUCUUCCUAAGGUUAAAAACUCUGCCAAAGGUAAGGUCUUGAUGCAAGCUAUGUAUGGAGUCAAGGUGGAGACUGUAUUUGUUUGCAGCGUAUUUUCGGCUGCAUUCUCUGGCUCUUCAAAGAAGUUGUUAGACUUGGAUGUGCCCGACAUGCAUUCAUGGGCUCCGGCUUUCAAAAGUUUGCAGAAUCUUGUAAAUGAGGAAAUUAGAGUUAGGUUUUCCAGUGGGAAAUUUUCUGUGUUGAACGAGAUGGAAGCGGUUGAUGCUGUUGUGCAGGAGUUAUAUCCAUCCAUCCAAGGCGGUGUAAAUACUGAAGGCAAAGUUGAGCAAGAAUCACAUCUGAAGACUGUUGAGGAACUAGGCGCGGCUGCAGAGAAGCUUUCCCAAGGAAUGGAUCUUCUUGCAAAGGGAGUUGAUGGUUUCUUCCAAGCAGUUUUGACUAGCCGUGAUACUUUGCUAUCAUCUCUGAGGUUUGACAAAACUGUAAAUGAUCGGGUCGUUGGUGGCCGUAACAUAGGUCAGCAAGUAGUCUACUGAUUAUACAAUAGUCUAACUAUAUGGUAGAUGUUGAUGUGUUGUGGGGUUUUCUGUUUGUAUUCAUAGUAUUUGGUUUGUUAUGUUUUAAGGGUAGGUUGGGUGGUAGAUUUUCUGGUUUUAGCAUGGUUGAGCGUAAAUGUAUAUGUGUGAGUGUGUUCUAUGUGAUAUCGAACAAUAUAAAAUAUAUGAAAGUUUUAUUAUGCCUAA